AUGGCUGGUGUCAACCCGUACGCUGCGGGCUCGGACUCGCCCGCCUCGCUGCGAAAGGACAGCUUCCAGCACCCGGCGCAGCUCACCAGCGAGCUCCUCCGCAUUCAUCCACACUCGCUCACCCACCCGCGAACCACGCCCUUGAUCAGCGACAAACUCUACUCUGGCUUCGUCGAGCACCUCGGCCGCGGGAUCUACGGUGGAAUUGUUGAUGACCCCAAGAGGCCCAGUCCAGCGUCCAUCCUCGAGAAGCAAGACAAGGGCGAUGAUCGCACCAAGGGUCGUUUGGCGUGGCGCAAGGAUGUCGCCAAGAUCCUCUCCAGCGAUGGCGAGCUCGAGAUGCCCAUCCUUCGCUGGCCGGGUGGUAACUUUGUUUCAAAUUACCAUUGGCAAGAUGGCAUCGGACCCAUCUCGCAACGGCCGAAGCGAGUCGAGCUGGCUUGGCUGUCGACCGAGACGAACCACUUUGGUACGGACGAGUUCAUCGACUACUGCCGCGAACUCAAGGUGGAGCCCUACUUCUGCAUCAACAUGGGGACAGGAACGUACGAGGAGGCGCUCGCGUGGCUCGAAUACUGCAACGGUACCGGUGACACCUACUGGGCCAACCUUCGACGCAAGAACACGGGUCGUGACGAGCCGCACAACGUCAAACUCUGGGGCCUUGGCAACGAGAUGCACGGUCCGUGGCAAGUCGGUUUUCUCAAUGCCACCGACUACACCAAGAUGGCCAAACGGUGGGCGCACGGUAUGAAGCUCGUCGAUCCAUCCAUCAAGCUCGUCUCGUGCGGCAACCAGGGCAAUUCGGAAUGGGAUCGUGAGGUUCUCAACGGUCUCAUCGGCGUAGUCGACUACCACUCGAUCCAUCUCUACUCGAUGCUGGGUCACGAACACUACAGCACGCUCUCCGGGUUUGAGUAUGAGAAAAACGUCUUUGGCCCUGCCGCGGCGGAGAGAGGGAUUGAGAUCUGCGCCUCGCUCAUCGACCUGGCCAAGAUCGACAAGGCGUCUUCGUUGCUGGACUGGAACAAUCGCGAUCAGAAGGUUGCCGCGCGCGACAUCAAGAUCUGCUACGACGAGUGGAACGUUUGGGACGAAGUGAAAGCGCCUGGAUCUCAAGGGCUGGAACAGGCCUACGACUACACGGAUAUGAUCGGCGUCGUUGCAUGGCUCAACAUCCUCGUUCGCAAAUCGAAGGAUGUCGGCAUCGCAUGCAUCGCACAGAGCGUCAACGUCAUUUCGCCCCUCAUGACCAGUUCCGAUGGUCUGCUGUUUCAGACUACCUAUUGGCCCCUCCGUCUGUUUGCGCGGUACAUGAAGAACGGUCGACUGCUCAAUCUCGGUUUCACCCCCGACGCCUACGAGGGCCCGACGUACCCAGAGUGGAUCCAACACCUCUCCAAACCGGCAUACGUGGAUUGCGUCGCCGUGCUCGUCCAGGACCAAGGCGGCAAGAAGGCCAGCAUCCGACUCAGCGUACUCAACAGACACCCGACGGCAGACUGGAACGGCGAGAUUCACUUCGACGGUUUCAGGAUCGACAACGUCGAAUCGCACGUGCUGUACCACGACGAUCUGUUGGCCAAGAACACCUUCGAGCAACCCAACGUCGUCGUUCCCCAGGUCACAAAGUUCAGCGGCAAGGAGUGGACAAAGCAAGCUCCGCAGCCCGUACGAAAGCACUCGUGGUCCUUCUUCAUCUUUGACGGCACUGUUCUGUAG